AUGGCUGAUAACAACAGAAACAACAAGACACAAGACAAGCAGCAGCAGCAACCUCCAGAAGGAUACCCAACAGAGAAUCACACUACUCACCCUACUGGGAAGAAGUGCUGCCCUCAAACAAAGAAGAAAGGAGACAGAGGCUUCAUUGAAGGAUGUCUCUUUGCUCUGUGCUGCUGCUGGAUUUGUGAAGAAUGUUUCUGAAUCUUGGCUAUGUAUCAUCAACAUGGCCCAGCUUCUAGCUUCUAGUCUUUCAUUGGCUUGUCAUCUAUAUAUGUGUUCAGAAGUUUUUCUAUUUUUCCUUUUUCUGUCUUAAGGAAAGUAAAUUGGUUGAUAAUAGCUUGCCAACACCCAGCCCUAUGCGUGUAUAAUGAAGAUUCCUACUCUUUGAUUUGUUAUCCUUCUACUCCUGCAAUCUUGUUCCAAUCAGAAAUCUACCUACUCUAUUCUCAGUUCUGGGGAGUUGUAUCUCAGCAUUUAUGAUUUUAC